AUGUUUAAUAAUUUUGUUUAUUAUAUAACAUUAUUUUUUCAAAAUAUUUCUCGAAUAUCCGAACAAAUUCUUCCAUUAAAUUCACAACCAAUAGCAAAACAAAACUAUAUAUCAAGAAAAUGUGUUGCAACUAAUAAAAUAAUAGCAGAAAAAGAUCAUGCCGCUGUUCAAUUGGAUAUAGCUGAUGAAGUUGAUGAACAGACAGGAAGAAUUACAAGAAAAACAAGUACAUAUACUUUAACUGAUUCAGUUCGAAUGAUGCUUGUAGCUGAUGAUUCAAUUGCACGAUUAGUUACAAGAGAUGAAUUUAUUAAUAAUGGAUAUUUUUUUAAAGAUACUAAAUAA